UUCCUCUCUCUCUGGCAACAGCUCCGCGCCUGGCGGGCGCCUGCGCAGCCGCGGCCGCCCGUGCUCCCCUUCCCCCGAAGCUUCGUGAAGUUUCCGGAAGGCUCCGGCCGGCUCUUUCCGCCGAGGAAGCUCCCCCGCCCCCCGGCGCUGCCCGGCUUCCGGCUGCCUCCUCCCGCCCCGCCGGACGCCGCUGUACCCAGCGGUGGGGCAGCAAGCGCCGCUGGCCGCUCCGCCGCCAUGUCGUUGCAGUGCUACAACCGUGGCUGCUGCCAGCGCUUUGACCCCGAAACCAAUACGGAAGAUUCAUGCACAUACCAUCCAGGUGUGCCAGUCUUUCAUGAUGCUCUCAAAGGUUGGUCGUGUUGUAAGAGAAGAACAACAGACUUUUCUGACUUCUUAAGCAUUGCGGGCUGUACAAAGGGUCUCCAUAACAGUGAGAAACCUCCUGAGCCUGUUAAACCAGAAGUCAAAACUACCUCUGAACGAAAGGAGUUGGCUGAACUGAAGCCCAAAUUUCAAGAACACAUAAUUCAAGCACCAAAACCAUUGGAAACAAUUAAAAGACCGAGCCCAGAUGAGCCAAUGACAAAUUUGCAGCUGAAAGUGUCAGCUUCCUUGAAGCAAGCACUAGAUAAACUGAAACUGUCAUCAGAAAAUGAAGAGAAAAAAGAGGAGGACAGUGAUGAAAUCAAGAUUGGGACUGCAUGUAAAAAUGCAGGCUGUUCAAAGACUUACGAAGGACCACACAGCACUGAAGAAGUAUGUAUAUACCAUUCUGGUGUACCUAUAUUCCAUGAAGGGAUGAAGUAUUGGAGCUGUUGUAAAAGAAAAACAUCUGACUUCAACACAUUUUUAGCUCAAGAAGGCUGCACAACAGGAACACACAUAUGGACUAAGAAGGAUGCAGGUAAGAAAGUAGUUCCAUGCAGGCAUGAUUGGCACCAGACUGGAGGAGAAGUGACUAUUUCUGUAUAUGCUAAAAACUCUGUUCCUGAUCUCAGCUAUGUAGAAGCAAAUAGCACAAUGGUAAAUAUCCAUAUUGUAUUUGAAGGAGAAAAGGAAUUUCAUCGUACUAUGAAGUUGUGGGGAGUAAUCGAUGUAAAGAGGAGUUAUGUGAAUAUGACAGCUACAAAGAUUGAGCUUACCAUGAGAAAAGCAGAGCCCCUAUUAUGGGCAAGUCUUGAAUUACCAGUUUCCAACACACAACAAAAAAAAGAUAAUUCAGAUCAAUAAUGGUUCCAAGAGACAAGUUAUUUCCCGUUAUGAAGUGGUGACUUGCUACUGUAAUCCAGUAUUUAACUUUUAUAUAGAUUCAUUUUUGUAAUGCUAGAUCAUAUAUUCCCUUCUAAAAGAAAUUUGACACAAAGUAAAUGGAGGUGUAAGCUUGAAGGGUAGUAGCUAUUUCUGCUCUUGUUCCCUUGAGUGUAUUUAUUCUAGAUGGAGUGUCUCCAUGGGAAUUUAGAGUAAAAAAGCCAUUGCUCUUUGCUUACCAUCUCACCUACCGUGCACUGGUCAUCCCAAUUCUCUGUCCACUGGGUAUGUUAAUUCUUCAAGUGUUGGGUUUAGACUGGACCUGCUAGGUGAUACCUGUUCAGUUCUGCACUGUUCAUUGUGAAGCACACAACAAUACAAUUAAAAAGCCUUCAGUUGCUGAAGCGGUUAGCACACAGUUUACAUCUAGAAUAAGAAGGUACAUAAGCAUAAAUACAGAAGAACGCUUGUAGACUGGCAUUUUUGUCUUCUGAAACCAAGGUUUUUCAGUACCUGUUGGCUGUGGAGGGAUGGAAUAAACAGUGUUUUGUUAAGGAUUUCAGUACUUGCUGACUCUUUUGCUGUGUUUCACGUAUAAAAGCAGGAGAACAGACUAAAAUAAAAACAAGGUUGGCAAGGGGGAAUUUUAUUUUUAUGUCCUCGUAUACCUUUGGCAUUUAAAUUAUUAAAUAGAAAAAUGAAGGGCCUGAAUAACUUCUCAGCUGUGGAGAAUAUAGAAACAACUGUAAUUGUAAAAUUACCAAAGUACUGUAUAUAUUUAAUAAUCUUUAGAAUGUAUAUUCUGUCCUAUUUUACAACAUUCAAAAUCAGGAAUCUUUUUUCAAAGUAGGUGGAUGUGUGUAGUAGAAGCCAGUACACGUGUAGGUGUCUCAGGAAAAUUAUUUCCAUAUAGAUAAGCAUAGCUCUUGUUUCUGAGGAUGGUAAUCUAAAUUUAUCUACAGGACAAAGGAGAAACAGCAACCUUCCAAAAUGUCUGUCUCAAAACAUAAUUGUACCUUGGAAAUUAAAGCAUUUUUAAAAUGUUAUUUCUUUUUGAGCAGCAUAAACAAAAUCCAAUCAUUAGAAAUUGACAUCUUAUUUUUGGUUUCAGUUCUCUGUCAGUAAAGAUGGGUGGCUGAAAACAGGACAGAUUUAAAGAUGAGUCUUUAUACAAGCAGCAACACAUGCAGUAAUGUUGCUUUCUUAUUCUUUUUGAAAUAUACUCUUAAUUUGGGGAUUGCAGCUGAAAGAAAAACAGUGGUUUUGUAUAUAAGGCAUGCAAAACAUACACCUCUUGUGCCAAAACUUAUACACAUAAGCAAGCUAUGCUGUGGACUGUUGCAACGUAGGGAUGCUCAUCUUCCCACCCCAGUAGGACUGGAAUAAGGCGAGGGCAAGCACAGGGGGUAGCAAAGGCAUUCUGAAGUUAGACAGGGAUUUCUAAGAAGCUUACUGUUUUCCAAUAGGUAUAAUUUGACUUGAGCUCAAAGCUCUGUCUCUUAACAGUGCUUGAAAUGAAAAUCCUACUUCAUGCUUAAAGUAGUAGGAAAUACAUUACCAAAGAAACCAUCCCCAAACACCAAGAAAGUAAUUGUGGUGCUGUAUAACUGAGAUGCGCUUUGGUGCUGCUUUAUCUUCAUUUCAGGAUCCUAUUUCCUGAUAGACUUGGACUCUUAUCAGGACUCCAAGUUCCUUAUUCACUUGGGCCCCUAUUAAAAUUUACAGCUCUUAAGUGCAGCCUAGAAGAGUUUAUUAAUCUCUAAUAAUGCCUGCCUUUGCUUCUUUUGUCUUUAUUUUUUAUGAAUUUGAAAAAGGUCAGGUGCUGUGAAGUGACAGGCUAAAAGCUUAGAAAAGUGUCUGGCUGCAAAUGAUCUUAUAAAAGAAUAGAUGUUCCCUGGUGUGCCCUGAACCUCCCAGUGGAGCUCUUAUUAGUACAGUACUGAGAACAAUCGCUUCACUGAAUGAAAAGCUCUAGAUAGCUGUAGCUACUAGCAUGCCAUCUGUGGUUUUGUGUGCAGAACUCUGAACUUGGACAGCAAAAUGAGCAGUGUUUAAAUGCCAGGAGAAAGUUCUUAUUGAACAAGCAAGAUCAAACGUGUGUCUAUCCAUAUGGAUAUAUAAAUACCCUAAAUAGCUUAUGUCUUUUGGAUUUUUUAACAUAUUUUCAGUUUAUUUGCAUCUUCAUAUGCAGUAUGUUUACAUCAUGUAAAAUCCAUUUUAAAGAACUGCAAGGGAAAUGGGAUUUCUUGGGAAGACAGAAUUUUUGGUUUUAAGCAAGUCAUAUUACCUUUUGGUAUGCCUUUAUAUAAGUGGAAAGAAAUGUGGGUGAAUGGACCUUCUGCUCUUCAUGCUGCAGUCUCUUGGGGCUUUGGAGCCCUGCAGCUGUUUCUGGCACUCCUGUAUCAGAAAUAGUGUGACUGGCAGGACCAGGACAGUGAUUGUCCCUGUGUGCUCAGCACUGAUGAGGCUGCAUCUCGAAUACUGUGUCGAGUUCUGGGCCCCUCACUACAAGAAGGACAUAACGGUGCUGGAGUGUGUGCAGAAAUGGGCAACAAAGCUGGUGAAGGGUCUGGAGCACAAGUCUGAUGAGGAGUGGCUGAGAGAGCUGGGAAUGUUUAUCCUACAGAAGAGGAGGCUGAGAGGAGACAUGAUCCCUCUCUCCAACCACCUGACAGGAGGCUGUAGUGAGAUGGGUCAGUCUCUUCUCCAAAGUUAUGAAUUACAGGACAAGAGGGAAAUCCACUCAUUGCACCAGGGGAGGUUUAGAUUGGAGAUGAGGAACAAAAGAGUUAUCAAGCAUUGGAAUAGGCUGCUCAGGGAAGUGGAAGAGUUAUUUAAAAGACAUGUAGCUGUGGCACUGAGGGACAUGAUUUAGUGGUGGAUGAGGCAGUACUGAGUCAGUGGUUGAACUCUACAGUCUUUAAGGUCUUUUCCAACCAAAAACAAUUCUGUGAUUGGAAUUACAUUCUGCUGGCAGCUGAGUCAGCUUUGCUGUGAGUAAAAGAAAGCUACUGUAAACAUAAUCCUCAGUUUUGCUUUUACUUUUCAUUUAUUCCUCCUACUCUUUUCCCGUUGUUCAUACUUUCAGCACAAAAUUAAAGAUACUUCAGGGGUUCAGUUAUGACAUUCCCCAUCAGUGAUGGUAACACAGCUUUUUUAUCUGUUUAAAAAGGUAAGCAAACAAAAACAAUACCCAGCUUUGAUCAGGUGAUGAGAGGGUAGUGGUUUUACAAAUAAUAGUCUAGUUUUCUGUGGCCUGUGAUGUGUUUCAAAAUAAAAGGAUAAACUUUCAGAGGGUACAGACUGCCAUAAGUUUAACUGUGUUCGUCCUUAGCAGCUUUUUAUAACCAUCUAUCUGCAUCCAUCAACGAGCUGCAGAGGCUGGUGAACACUCACAGAAUCUGAGUGUUACGAGCAGUUGCUCAGAACAGGCUUCAGCACACCACAGCUCAAUCCUGGUAUUCCAUGAAGUGACACCUUGACAUGGAAGCUGAUGUUUCAGUGGGAUAUUGGUUUGGGCAUAACUUGUGUCAGUAAAUGUGGAGAAAAGGUGGCUUCAGCUCCAUGCACCAAACCAUCACUGCAGGAUUUGCAAACGAAGCAAGGUGGUUUUGAUCCCAUAGUCUUUCACCUCUCCAGUCUUAGUGAAACUAAAUUGCAAACAAGCACCUACUGGAAUACUUGCUAUUAAAUUUACCCCUUUCUUCCAUGUUUUCAGAAGUUGUGCUGUAUUGAACAAGUUGGUUGACUUGAUCCAGUCCAGCUCUAUGUUUUCUAAUUAAUAAUUCUUUAAAAGCUGUGGCGUCUCAGUUUGGGUUUACAUGUUAUUCCCAUAGAAAGUGUUAUGUGUCUCAGGAAUGACUGGUUAGGUGCAUAUAGAACUUCUUCACUGUCCCUUUUUAAUGUAAAAAAAUUACUUGGGUAUACAAGUUAGUGACAGAAAAGCCCAUUUUCCUGUUUAAUGUUUCUUGUAGGAGCUGGUAUUUAUUUUCAGGGUUAAUGUGCUGUUAGACAGUUCAGCUACUUUGACUCUUAGGUUUUACAUGGCACUGAUGUAACCUGACAGUAAAACAUUCCAUCAGGUGAUCUAGAAUGUGUACAUUACCAAGUCACCAUUUCAGUAGUUUAGGGAUUAGUUUUACUAGGAAUUUUGCCUUGAUAAAACUCUACUUAUACGUAACGAUGCGUUUUUUGCUUGCAUUCUUUAAACACGGCAUGAGUACUGGUUAAACACUCUACCUGCUAAUCAUUGGGCUUUCCCAAUUGCUACUAAAAUUUUAUCUCUGUUCAGGAACGAGAUCCUUUUUAAAGCAAUGAGUUAUGUGUCUGGAACACUGCUUGAAGGUGGUCAUAAUUCUGCCAUUGUAAGAGACUUGCAUUACGGUUGAAGAGAUGCCUUUUUGCAUGGUGGCUUGAUUCUGCACAUGCAUAGAGCUUACAGAAAUGAAUCUCAUAUCUUCAUGCUCUAGGGUUUUUUUUCUACAUGCAUUCAAUAAAAUUCUUAUUACAUGCUGGUUGCA